CAACGCAACUCCAAUUUCCCUGCCAAAUGUUCCACCUGCUUCAAAGCCAAAGGCCCCUUCUCUCUCUUUCUUUCUCUCUCUCUCUCUCUCUCUCUCUCUCUCCGGAAUUUCCAAGCUUGAACCAGCUCCACAACAUUUUCGAAAUUCGAGUCGAAGUACCUUCUCUUCUUCUCAUCAUUCUUAUCGAAAUUAAUCUUCUUUUAAUCUCAAAACAAGGGAAAGUUUGAAAACUGUUAUCUUCUCUAGAUCCCGACAUGGAGAAAAACCAAGAAAUUGCACUGACCCAGAUGAGGAAAUCAGUCGAGAAGCUCGGGUCAUCCACAGAGGGAUAUGGGGAACCAACGCUCACGAGGUUCUUGAUUGCAAGGUCGAUGGACCCAGACAAAGCGGCGAAGAUGUUUGUUCAGUGGCUGAAGUGGAGGGCUGAAAUGGUGCCCAACGGCUUCAUUUCCGACUCUGAAGUUCAAGAUGAACUGGAAUCCAGAAAGAUAUAUCUACAGAGUUUAUCAAAGGAUGGAUACCCGGUGAUGGUUGUCAGAGCAAGCAAGCAUUUCCCUUCUAAGGAUCAAGUCCAAUUUAAGAAAUUCGUGGUUCAUCUGCUGGACAAAACGAUUGCAAGUUCCUUCAAAGAUAGAGAAAUUGGAAAUGAGAAGUUGAUUGGCAUUCUUGACCUACAGCAUAUAACUUAUAGAAACAUUGAUGCUAGAGCAUUAAUCACCGGAUUUCAAUUUAUACAGGCUUACUAUCCUGAACGUUUAGCGAAGUGCUUCAUUCUACACAUGCCCCGAUUCUUUGUUAGUGUUUGGAGAUUGGUUUCUAGAUUCCUUGAGAAGGCUACGCUGGAAAAGAUUGUGAUUGUGACCAAUGAAGAAGAAUGGCAAUAUUUCAUGAACGAAGUGGGUGAGGAAGUCUUGCCAGAAGAAUAUGGCGGGAAAGCAAAAUCAGUAGCACUUCAGGAUGUUGAACUUGCCCCUUUGGACCGUUGAUUCCACUAAUAACAGAUGCACAGAUGGCUGCUAUAACAUCCUUACUCUUCCUAAUUCCAUGCUAAAUAAUGUAGUCGAUAAACAAGAGAGAGAGAGAAUUCUGUAUUAUGUUUUUAUUAAUGAAUAAUCAACUAUACAUAUACAAGUAGUGACCAUUAUAUCCUCA